AUGGGAUUUGUGUUGAUCUCUCUCAAGGUAUUUACCUGGUUCGCAAACAACUUCGAGGAACUGAUCAUCCCAUCCAUUGUCAGUUCAAAACAACAUCCUCUACCUCCAUCAUUUGUAGUGUGGAUACAUGCCAACAACACAGCAACACUGCUUGUAGAAGUGGUCAAUCUAAUUUCAUUUGUGAUCACUUGAAAUCCACACAGUUCAUUGGUACUUCAGCUGUAAUUGCUGAUCACUUGAAAGAAGAAUCUCUUGAUUUUGUUGUAAAUGGGUUGAGAUGGUUGAAAACAGAGCGGAGAUCAGAAUGUCUGGAGUGGCAAAAACAAGCAAGCAUCAACAAUGUUCCACUUGUUGUUCAAAUGCCUGUCACUCCAGAUUCGUCCACUCGUUUCCUUCAUUUUUCAGUGUUUGCUAACAUCAAGAGGGAACAUUACUGGUCAUUUUGUAAACGGGUGGUUGUUUCAUUUGACAAGGAAUCCUCUUCAUUCCAUUGCAAGUGCUGCCCUUCUCGCCGCUCCUGCAUGCAUAAAUGCAUCGUAAAAUGGGCUAUUGGGCAGUGGCACCCUUCUGUUAUUCAUACAUCUAGUACAGAGGUCAUGGAUGAAGAUGAUAGUGCUGAUACCUCUUGCCCAGAUUUCCUUUUUACUGAUAAUAAUAUCGCUGACAUGGAUGCCUUGGUUGAAGAUGAUAUCAAUUCUUCCAUUCCUGGAAAUAUGUCGUAUCCCCCUGUUGGAGAUGUUUCUACCAAAUUUGUUAAAUACUUAUUAACUGAGAAGAAAAUCCCUGCUGAACUCCCAUUAGCUUUAACAGUUCAGAAAGAAACAUUUGGUAAAAGGUAUAUAUACAUAAUUGGCAUAUAAAGUGCAGCUGUUUUAAAACAUAUCUGUUGUAGUAAUACCACUUACUGCUUUAAAAAGGCAUCCCCAGCUCCCUUCAUAUUGUCCAGGUAUAGCCUGUAGUAAACCAUGGACGAUAUGAAGGAACUGGUUACAUGCAGCCAGUUUGUGCAAUGACAGACUUAGCCAGUGGAACUUGCUAAAUACAUGUGUAUGUUUUUAAUUAUUUUUCAGUUAUAUUCCAACAGAGACAACAUGCUUUUAUUGCAAAACUCCACUAACUGAGCCAUACUGUGUAACUCAGAAUGCAAAAUUGGUAACCCUUAAGGGAAUAGUUGAAGGUAAAGUACAGUACUUAAAUGAUGACCCAUAAAUUAUCUAGGAAAAAUCUAUAUACAACUCAUAUACAGAAUACUGUAUAUUUUGAUGGUCUGUGAUGCUAUGAAAUCUUGCUUUGUGACAUGUGAACAAGCAAAUGAUACAAAUUAAAAUAAGUUUUCUCAUUGGGACUUCUCAUUUCACAGGAAUAUCCUUGUAUGUAAAAUUUUGUGGCAACUGCAAACUUCCAUACAGAUAUCAAGAGUUUUCUGAUGGUGUCCAUAAUUUCAAUGACAACUGGGUGCUCAGUCUUGGAUGUUGUGAUAUGAUCAGAAAACAUCUCCAGGUGUGGCAUAAUAAUGUUCUGUUAUUCACCUCAAAAAAGAGUUAUAGCUGGCUAAUAUUAUGCAUGCUUAAAUUUGCUUUUCAAUGUGCAAUGGAAACUUAUAUGGUUAUAUUAAUUGACCUCCGUUAGAUUGAGUUGUACUGCAAGAAAUUAAACCUGCACGUCUGGACAUUGGAGCCAAAUAAUUAUGUUAAAUGUUUAUAGGUUCACAAUGCUGUAAGCCGAACAGUAGAAGCCAUCGAAAACUGGCUACAGCUACAUCCAAAUCAAUUACCCCGUGGGCCAAUGUUAAAUGCCUAUCUUCACUUUGAAGCUCUUUCCAAUCACAGCUAUGGGUUUUCCUGCCUAUUGUGUGGAUACUUUCCUCCACUGUUAACCUUGGACGUGGACAAGAAAGGGGUCUUUGAGCUAGCAGGUACGUAACUUGUCCGUCAGUUUCAAUUUCUAGUACAGUACGUGAUAAUAUGAUAUAUGAUAUAUGAUAUACAGUUUGUUAGUUGUUCAUAUAUUGAAGGUAUACAUGUAUAUUACAUGGUUAAAUAUCAAUAUUUUGUUGGCAUCUCACUAGAUUGAAUAAUAGUCGAAGGGUCUUGUACUGUAGAUGGAAAUUAUCCCAGGGCCGCAGGUUUGAUUCCUGCCCGGGAUGCAUACAUACAGUUGCAUUUUUCGCAGCUGUGCUUUUUUAGGUUUAAUAAAUGUAUAUAAAUUUCCACUCGAUCAUUUUCAUCUACAAGAUUCUUCAUGUAUUACAUGGCCGAUUGGAGAUACGAAUUUAAUCCUCAAGUGUAGCAAUAUCACUUAAAAGUUAGCGAAGCGAACGAUUACAAGUUAUUGACAACACGAAAAGAUAAAAUCCGUAUCUCAAAUCAGUCAUGUUUUAUUGAAAUCGAUGAAUACCAUCGCCUUUUAUGUAAGUGCUAAAAAUACUAUUGGAAAAAAGUGUUAUCGCGUGUGAAUUGUGAAUUGAACAUAAUUAUCAUUCAUAUCUUCUCAGGUGAAGAUAUCACUUUUGCUGUUUGCAACAUGAGAAAACCUGCUGUAUUAUAUUGAUAUACUUACGUAACGGACAUGAAAUCCUUUUUUACAGUAAGUGAACUUGAGUUGCCAGACAUGCAGUCAAAUUCAAAUCCUGACACAGUUGAUGCUGAGAUGUUCUGGGAACAAGUCAACCUUGGAAUACUGUACCGGGGCAUACUAAGAGGUAUAUACAGUGCUGGGGGUGAUUUGUGAGAUCUAGCAAGUUGUGUUGUCGAGUUCUGUGUUGAAUGUUACUGAAAAUUAAAUGUACAUAAUUAUAACAGAGACUUAUUCAUUAGUAACUGGGGCUGUUCGUAGAAUAUACUGUCAGUAUAAAAUAUCGGCCAAAAAUUGUUCUGGCAUAAUUUGCAGACUAACCCAAAUAAUUGUCAUAUCUAACCUUGCAUCCAGGUACUGAAAAGAAUCCGUUGGAAAUCAAGCCGGCAUAUAAUUUCUGGGCACCAUUUGUUGGUACUGACUGCCGAAAAGGACGACUGCUUUUCAACUCGGAAUUCCGAAAGGCAAAUCAUAAGGAGGACAUAAAGACUGCGGGCGCUACUACUGACAACUGCUCCAUUGAGACACUCAUGGACUUGUUCUGUGAAGGGAAAGUACGUGCAACUUUGCUUAGUCGAUUUUCUUUAUCAGAUUUAUGAAUAGUUCAUACAGAAUGAGUUUCACUUACUUGUUUUUAUUUUAUUGUUUAUCUGUUUUUAUUUGUUUGUUUGUCUGUUUAUUGUAACCACGACAUAAUAUUUAAUACUGUAUUUUAUAUUUAAUUAUUUAUCUUUUCUGUUACUUGAAUUUUAGGUUCCGGUAAUUAGAGAAAUGGCACAGAGUUUAAAUGUGAGCGAUAAGGGUUCAAAACUGGACAUAAUCAACCGAAUAAAAGCCGUUCUCAAUGUCGAAGAAAAGUUUUUAAAACUAUUUUCUAAAAUGUGGGGUGGUUCAGGUAAGAAGUAUAGUCUAAGAAGUAUAGUCUAAAACAAAUGUACAUUCUCACUCAUAAUUCAUCAGACGGUCUCCUUUCCACGUGGAAAGCGCAGGUUCAACUCCUACGAGGUGAUCUGCUGUGGGAUGUACCUUUAGUUAGUUAUGUUGCGAAAAUUCGUUUAGUUGGCUGUUUUAUCAAGUAUUUUCUGAACCAACACGAUAAGUAAAAUUAUGAAACAACUCUAACAUGAUAAUAUUUUACAUAAAAGAGUAUGCAAUAACGUUCUUUGUGUAUUAUACUCAUAUUUGCAAGUGACAUUGUUUCAUAACCUCCACUUACGGAAAUACGUUCUCGCUUGAAAACAGGAAGCUCAAAGUAGGAUAUUGCCUUGUACUCAAAGAGGGAUAUGAUAAUACUGCUUGGGUGUUUAAUAUUAAAUACGUAUAUUUUUCUUGUUUUGCGUAUAGGUGGAUGGUUAGGAAUGACCUGCCCGCACGGAAUUUGCUACGGGCUUAAGUGGCUUUUAAGGCAUGAAGGGCCACGUGAUCAUGUGGACAUGAUCAUGAACCUUGCUGCGGUGCCAAACGUUGUUGUGGUAGAUAUGGCAAACAUGGUGGUAGCUCAUGCUAGAAAUAGAGGUUACAACGUAUUCCAGCCAUUCGAAGGACGUGUCGCAGAGUGCACCCCAGAAAAUAUCCAAAAGGCAAGAGAUGGCGAGCUGGAAGUUGACUGGCCCUGGUUCCCCAAUGGCACGGAGAACGACGCACAUGAUGCAGUCACGACCGACGAAGAGCAGAUGAUGUGUAACCCUUCGACUGGAUCAGCAGAGCAUUACUGUUUAUUUGACCAAUUUCAUGAAAAAAACUCUACUGAUCCAGCCGAUUGUUUGCGCAGAAUGUCGUGCGUCAAUCAACUUGCAGGAAAGACAAACUCCGAGACGGCUGAGCAGUUUAACAACAGGAGGAACCGAGACAACUAUUUUACAACCUCUUUAACGGCACACAACUCCGUAUUUGUUGAGAGAUUGGCAACCCAUUUCAAUAAUGAAAAGACUAACAGACGGGUGAUGAUUAGUCAUAGUCGACAGGUAAAUAUUUAUAUGAGUAAGAAAUACAGAAAAAAUUGAAUAUUGUGAAUUAAAUUGAACCACUAUUCGCAGAAAGCCAGAAACGUUUUCGUUAGUGUUUCUAGUCAAGCUCUUUAGGUGAUAAAGUAUACAAUACUCAGAAACAGUAGUACUCGAGAGUUUCAAUAACAAGUGAGACGUUUGCACAAAAUGAGUGGUUCCAUUUGAUUUACAAUUGUUUAUUCCUCUCAUUAUUUAUUUAUUUAUUUAUUUAGCUUCGCCUUGACAAAAAACGUACACAAUACAAGCACAACAAUUCAUAUACACGAGACAUAAAAAGAGGCGGGGACACCACAACAGUUUACACCAAUUACUGUGGGCCCUUUAGUUAGAAUUAGUGACAAAAUACAGACGACAAAAAAUCAACUAAUUAGUCUAGUAGCAACAGGGAUCGGCAUCGAUUAGAUUACGCGAUGUGUUGCACUUCAGGCAAACAGUUUUCCAGGUUCGAGCAUCAUCCACGUCGUAACAAGAUACAAGGGCAUUAUGGUAGUAUUCUAAUAGUGACUUUUUAAAUAACGUUAGAGAUAAAUGAUCUAGUCUUAAGUGUUCGGGUAAGGAGUUCCAUGUCUAGUUGCUCUAAUAAAAAAUGACCGUUGAUAGGUGGCUGUCUUACAUCUACGAGGACGGUACGAGAUAACACUGUUAUUGGAAGAUGAUCGAGUAGGCCUUGAGGGAGUAGAUCGUUUUGGCAAGAUUUCCUUCGGAACAGUUAUAAUACCAUUUAUGGCCUUAAAAAAGAACAUCAAGUCAAGAUACUCAUGUCAAUAAGAGACUGGUAACAGAUUUAUAGACAUCAGUCUGUCUUUGUAGGAUUCUGUACACGUGAAGGGCAGCUUAAGGAUAAAUUUCGAAGCUCGACGUUGAACGCGCUCUGACUUUCUGACUAGUUCAAUUGACUGCGGUGACCAGACUUGUUUAUUCCUCUCAAUAUGUAACCGCUUGCACUACAUAGCUGUGUCGUUUUUUUUUUAGUUUCAGGGAACCUUAACCAGGAAUUCAAAAGGACAACUGAUAGUUGACGUCAUUAAGAACAGGGCUAACGCACCACCAUUUGCUAAACGAGCAAGGUUAGCCAGCUUAGAAGCACCUCCACUACCAUCCGAAGUAAUUUCAUCAUCGACAGAAACGUCAGUAACGACCACAGCCCAAACUAAUUCAUCAACCUCACUCUCUUCAAUACCUGCGCUUGGUCCACCAAUAUCGUCCGAGCCAUCCGCCACAAUUUGCUCAAAUGUCCCUGAUCCAUCUUCUAAUGUUCGUACUGAAUCUAUUCCUGUAGUAACUGUUGCAUCUGACGAAGCUUAUAGAAAUGUACGUUUUGUAAAGAUUGCUGGAACACGUGUGUUACUGUGGCUUUUCCCUGAAGGUUUCGGGCAGUUCGAUGCGUGUACCAACAUCUACAAUGCCAGCACUCUUACAUCUCUUCUUCUGGGGCACAUAUGGCUAACAACCAAAGUUGAUUUUCCAGAUGGGCCUCUUCAUCAAUCCUGGUUUUCAUCCAUUUUGUAUGCGGCAACAACAGGGGUGAAAUUGUCAAACGAAUCCGCAGAUGGCGUCCGUACGUUGGAAUUGGAGGAAGCAGCAUCUUAUUUGUGUAAAAGUCGUUUGGUCAGUAUCGUCUUGGGUAAACCAGUAACCGUACGACUGGCUGAUACAAACCCUUCGUUACGUUUAGCACACCACCUGCAGGAAAUGGCUGGAAUGAAAGCAGCACUCUUCAUUUACGACAAGAAAGCGGUUUUGUUUUUGUCACGGAACGGCAGCUUAAUAGUAAUCGAUAAUCACAGAAAUGGGAGCGUUGGUGCUGUUGUCGUCAAAGGGUAUAUUUGUGAACUGGCACAUUUUCUGAGGUCGUUAGAAAGCACCCUUGGACUCGAUGAGAACUGCUACGGAACCUUUGUAAAUUUCUCUUAA